CGUUCCCACACCCACGACUUCGCGGCGGGAUAGAAAGACAAGAACAAGUAGUGCAAGAACAGUAGCUGGGGUACUGCCUACUUAGUGGCUGCGCUACCGAGCUGCCCAGUAGAAGCAACAGGGCGAGCGCGACGUCGACUCGCCAUUGUCGUAGUAGGGUUUCUAGAACUCCUCCAUCAAAAAAAAAAAUGUCCUACACAGUCCAGCCGGCGCCGCACGAGGCGCUCCGGCUCGAUGGUAUGCUGAAAACGCACGGUAUGGAAGUGUCUGGUUUGAAAUUGACAAAGUUGAAAUAAUUUGUCAUGCAUAAAAUGCAAGACAUGAAGUGGCUUUCUUGCCGGGAUAGCAAGUGAGGCCGAUUGUGAGCCUGUGUAGGGUUUGAAGUAGAGCUGCUAAAGUAGCAUGACAAAAGCAGUUUGCUGCUCCCAAACAGCAAGACAAAUUGGAUUCCGGCGCUCGGAAAAAGAAAAUUUGUCACGCGCCGCUUGGCUGGCAUAUAUCGGUUUUAUCUUUAUGCAUGACAAACUAUUUCAACUGUGACGAUUUCAAACCUGACACUCCCAUACACGAUCCGUACUACAAAAACCAGAACACCCGGGACUCCGACAAAUUCAGCCGCACGCUGCCCCUCGCAAACUGCCACGGGUCCAGCAGACCAUCACCCUCGUUCACAUGCGAAGGAAGGGACCGAAAAUUCCCGGGAAUAGCCAUGGACAUGUCAAAUAAGCCACCAUUAUGGUAUGAUUGGAGUUCCUCUUUCUGUUUCUCGUCAAAAUGAAGUGUGCUGUUCAUCAAAAAAACUAAUUUUUUCGUUGCAUUUUUACUUAGGGCGCACAACAUCAUAUGUAAAUGAUGCAGCUGUCGUGUAAGCCUUUCCAAGAAACGCGACGUCUGAAAGGUUCUGGUUUAAAAGAGUUGAACACUGGCAGGUACGCAACGCAACUGAAAUUCAAAAAUUACUUCGCAGGUACGACGGCUACAAGGGCGACAAGAAGGAGGGGUGCCACAAGCUCCCGGGCUUUCACCCAAUAAACCAAGACCACCUGGAAAUCUUUAAGAACUUCUCCAUACAGCUCCCGAGUGAGCGACUCCGAGAAAACCAGAGGCUAAAAGAGGGCAUCGCCUACGCAAACAAAGCAAAAGCCGAGCUUUCAGCGUACUUUAUGUUUUUUCUCGCUGUAAUUCCUCUUUUUCUUUCAAACACAGCAUUUUUUGUCUUUGGUCUACUUGAAAAAAAUAUAGUCUUUUCGCAUGGUCGUACCCGUAGCGCCAGCGGUAGUCGUCGCUACAUAAAGGUAAUGCACGGGGCGUAAAUCAAAUGAAAAAAUAUUUCACAGAUUCAAGAGGCAGUCGAAGUUGAUCCAGAGGCACUACAAAAACGGUCUGACGGGAAUCGAUGGACCUACAAGACCGGAAACGGAACUCUACAAAGAAAGGUAGCAAAUGGAUAAGCACAUGCUUUCAUGCAUUACAAAUCUUUGUUUUAAGGCAGAUCCGCAUUAAUACAAAUUUAAUUUGUAUUGCUGAGCUACUUUGUAUUGUUCAUCCUGCAUGACAGCUACGUCGGAAAAAACAACGCACCCGACACCUAGGUACGAUAUGUACCAAGCACAGGCAGACGCGAGUCACGCAGACCAAAGGCGAGAGUUUCUGAAGGAGAAGCGACAGUAUCAAGUGCAAAAAUGUCUGGGUCUGGAAGAUUCUAAACUUGUGAUGCUCUCUCUGGAUUCGAAAAAGAUUUGUAUUGCGUGAUCAGUAAGAGGAGUAGAUUUUGUGCUCCGCGGAGAUGGCAUUUGUCAUGCGGAACAGGCAUGAAGAAGCGCCCCAAAAAUCUCUGAUGCUACGGCAUGCGUCACAGACAUCACGGGUCAUGGAAAAUAUGCAUGACAAAUCCAGAAAUCUUCCAGACCCAGACAUUUUUGCAUUUGAAAGACAGGCCAACGAGGCGAUUACCCACCCACAACACGAGAAUGUUAAGAACGGUAUAUUACGUUAAUAUUAGAAGCAAUUUGUUCAUCGUACUUCUAGUCAUUCGCUUUGAUCUUAUCGUUGUAUUUCAUCAUCUACAUCUUCGUCGUGCAAGAAAAUCCCUAUAGAUCUCGCUUGCAGCUUCUGAAGAAAAUUCUAUGGCAGUGUCAGGAUUGAAAUCGUCAAAGUUGAAAAAAAAUUCUGGCAGUCCUUGGCGGGGGCCUUCAGGGCACCCCCUCCGGGACCCCCUUCAACUCUGACACACUCCAGCAUAGCGUGGUGGCUAGCUCGGAGGGGGGGCGAAUGUGUCAGAGUUGAAACGCAAAAUGCCGGCACCUCUUCAGGGGCCCCCGGAUUUUUUUUUCAACUUUGAGAAUUUCGAUCCUGACACACCCAUAAAUUCACUAUACACUGUAAAGGUUUGAACCGGUUUCCGAUGGUAGAUCCCAGAUCGCACGACAUUCCCAUCCAGCGCAAAGACGUCGACCCGGUAAGGCACCCCUACCGCUACUUUGACACGCAUAUGGCGCUCUCAACUGUUACAUGUUCAACUGUUACACGGAUUUGUAAUGCAAGAAUGGCCAAAGUGAAAGCGGGGACAUGUAGUUGACGUGUCUUGCACGACAGAUUUGGCGCAGGUUCUCAGCCUGUUUGGCCCUUCGAUGAUUUGUCAUGCGAGACAGCUUGAUCGUGUCGAUUCUGAUUCCCAUUGUGCAUGACAAAUCAUGUAGAGGUUGGGAGUGUAACGUUUGAGAGUCCCAUAGCGCACUACCGCCUCUUCGACUCCUCGGACGCCGGGCGCGAAAUGGCUCGGGCGCGUGCGAUAUGCAUUGCAAAUAUGUCUGGGUCUGGAAAAUGCAAAGUUUGUCAUGCUCGGCCAGCAUGAUUCUCAAGUCUGUCAUGCUCAUGCACGCUACAGAAACACCCCAGUUUCCUGUCAUCCGAAACGCACAUUGCCAUGCAGAACAGGCAACACGCACCUAGGAGCUUAAAAACUUGUCAUGCGUGGCCGGCACUGGAGACGUCCUCAAGUAGUUUCCAGAACGAGACAUAUUUGCAUUUGAUACGCGAUCCGCACGCACGAGAUGCGGGAGAAGAACUAUGACAUACUGAACUUCUCCGACAACAAACUCGACUUAGAAGUCGUGUAAAAGUCGAAAGUGGAGGGUGCUAAUAUUUAGGCGAGGAAGAGAAGAUCAUCGAGAAGAUUAUGCUGCGAAGACUAGACACUACCCGUGUCUAAUAGUCUUUAUUGCUUCUCGUGAACAUGAAAAUAAAACCCACUGCUCUUCUUCUCCUCCGAAAAAUCCGCGUAUCUAUGUAGCACGAUGCUGCUCCGUUUAAGAAAUUAUCCUACUAUUACACUAAUGUCUUCGGAAUAAAAAUGCAUUUAUGCAAUCAAGCAAACUUUUCGAGUCAAUCAAUUUCACCUGAACAAUGAUUUAUUUCCCGAUCCUGUCGUGGCUGCGAGUGGUGCAAGAGCAAAUGCACGGCUAAGGAGUUACUAUCGGCACGUUUUUCUGAACAAAAAUGUUGACCGCCAGCACAUUACAAGCUGGAAUAGGAACCACGAAAUUAGUUUCUUAACCUUGUUUCUUCUUCUACCGACUUGUAGGAGAGGUACCAACUACCCCCGUAGAUGCGGCCCGAGGACGAGCACCUAGGAUAAGCCACCUGACGUUCACCAUCAUCUUCAUCCCUGAAGAAACGUACACUGGUGCAGGUGCUAUUAAAUGCGACGACUUAUUGAACGAGCAGUCUAUGCCUAAUCAUGAAGGUAGGUUCAAUACUAGCUGGGCGAAGAUGAAGGUGAACGACGGACAAGAACUACAACUAGGUGACCAACUAUGAUGUCCAUUAUUCAUUGCAACUUGUACAAAGGACCCUGCAGAGUGUUUCUACUACCGUAUGCAACUACAGCUAACCUAAUAUUUAUUGCAGCUGCGUAUAUAAUCACUCAUUGGGCUGAGCUUAUCUUCUAUCUUCCCAUGAAGAUGAUCUAGUUGUUGGUCGUCCGGCGAAAUUUCUAAAAAUGGACCUCCCACUCUUUCUUGUACGAUAGAACUUCAAAACGUCCUCUACAAUGCAAAAUCCAGAUGAUGUCGG